AUGGCGCUCUGGCUGACCCUAGUCAUCGUUCUCACCUGCUUUGGCGGCCUCGCCUCCCCGGGCCCUGUGCCCAUCCUCACGGUCGUCAAAGAGCUCAUUGAGGAGCUGGACAACAUCACCCAGAACCAGGCCCCGCUCUGCAAUGGCAGCAUGGUGUGGAGCGUCAACCUGACAGCGGGCUCGUGCUGUGCAGCCCUCCAGUCGCUGAUGAACGUCUCCGACUGCCCUGCCAUCCAGAGGACCCAGAGGAUGCUGAACGCACUGUGCCUUCGCAAGCCCUCAGCCUGGCCCGUCUCCAGCCCGCCCGUCCGCGACACCAAGGUGGAAGUGACCCGGCUCGCCAAGGACCUGCUGCAGCAGCUCAGGAAGGGUGUUCGCCAAGGGAAGUUCCAGUGA